AGAAGUGUCAAUAAUAAAUGGUCUUCGUUUAUUUGUCAUUAAUUUAUGUUAUAAAUAAAUUAAGAAAAUAAAUAAAAAAUAAGAAGGGCUACAAAUACAACGAAGUUGGUGGAUUAAUUUCGCUAUGGCAUCAAGCGAAGUUACGAAACUUCAGCAACAUUUGGCGUUGCUGAAGGAGGAGUAUGGGAAACUGCAAAGUCAUUGCGCUGAAGUAGAGAGGAAGUACACCCUCGCUGCGGCGUCCGCCGGCGACUUGAGUGAAACUAGCUUUGUAGCGAGACUUUUGAUGACCGUUUCUUCGUUGUAUGGAAGAGAAACAUAUUCAGAUAUCGCAAUAAAACUACAGAACAAAUCUAUGCCUGGUCAUAAGUUUGUAUUAAAUGCUCGUUCUGAUGAUUGGAAUGAAGAAGCACUGAAAAACCAAUCUGAAUUAGAUUGGUCAUCUCUUCCCGACGAUGUUGGGUCAGCUCUUCUCAAGUGGCUUUACACAGAUUUGGUGGAUUUAUCAAGAGGGGAUUCCUUUGCGCUUCAGUUGAUGAAAUCAGCUGCAAGUUUCAAGCUAUAUGGCCUUGUUGGCAAGUGUGAACAGGCCCUAAUUGCAUCUGUUGGUGUAAGGACAUGUGUCAAAUUUUACUCAGCAGCAGAUGAAAUUGGUGCCACUGCAUUAAAAGAACACUGUUCUGGCCUUAUUUCUGCACAUUGGGAUGAUCUCACAGGGGAGGACUUCGCGCACAUGUCCUCAGCACUCCUCUACCGCAUGUUAAAGAGCAAAACGCCGCAACCGCUGCACGGCGCGGUCCGCUUGCUGCGUGAGGAUGUUGUGUUCCUGUGCCUUGUCGAAAAUCACGCUAAUCUAACAGAUAUAGUAAAUGCGAUGUCCACGAGAGGGGAACUGCCCCUAGAGCUGGCGUUGCGAGGUCGCAGCGCGUCCAUCGCCACCACACUCCUCCAGCACUGCGCUGACGCUGAUGCUCGAGGGCCCAGGGGAAGAACAUUGCUGCAUAGAGCCAUUGACGCGAGAGACGCCUUCUCAGCUAAGUUCUUGGUGGAGAACUCUGCAGAUCCCAAUUUAACGACAAAAGAAGAGGGCGACACAGUUUUACACCUUAUAGCCGGUCUUACGGCAAGUUCAUGCGAUCCGGAAACAAUGGAACAAAUGGUGGAAAUUGCAGAAAUUGUAGUGCAAAAAGGAACCGACAUAAACCGACAGAAUAGGAAAGGAUUCACACCUCUUCAUCAAGCAGUUAUAGCUAGGAAUCAAAAGAUAUUCGAUCUUCUGCUUAAACAACCUACUUUAGACACUAAUUUGCGAACUACAUCAGAUGAGCAUCCACCGUUGUACUACGCGCUCGUUGAUGACAGGCGAGCGUCAAUAUCUUCGAGCGAAACUUUAGUCAUGAAUGGAUCCAAUCCUUUCGAUACACCGGUCACUAAUAAGAAUGCAUUCACUGAAGAUCCCGUUGAAGGCAAGACUGAAAGUAUAAUUGAGAGAGGUUUCGCUGCCAAAUUGUUAGAAAAGGGAUGCCAACCAAAUCCUCUUUAUUCUGUAUCAGGGGAUAGUUUACUUCAUAUUUUGGCUCAAGGAUGGUUUGAGGAAUCGGCAGUUUUCUUAGCAUCUAACCUCAAUGGUGAUUUAAAUCACACGAAUGAAGCGGGUCUAACAGCACUCCAUGCAUCUUGUGCAAGUGGCUUGACCAAACUAACAGCCACACUAUUGGAGCAUGGAGCGAGACCUAAUCUACAGACUGCUUAUGGGGAACACGAAGAUACUGUUUAUAGACAGACACCAUUACACUUAGCAGUACUGAACAAUCACGAAGGAUGUGUAUUGGCUAUCAUAGAACACAAGAAGAACAUCGAAAAGGGAGAUUUGCCCGCGAAUGAUAGAUCCAAUGUUAGCCUUGUACCUAACCUUAAUUUGAAGAAUUCGGAAGGAGAUACGCCUCUUAGUUUAGCUCUCACCGAAGGUCACAAGCACUUAGUGGCACCAUUAAUAGACGGUGGUGCGGAUCCAAACGUACGCAAUGGAAAGGGAUUCACACUAUUGCAUCAAUCCAUCAUCGAAGAAGAUUCUAGAACUGCCAUAUACUUACUGGACCAUGGCGCUGAUAUGAAUAUACUGACAGACGCGGGUGAGACCCCACUUCAGCUAGCUAUACACUGCCGCCUGGGAUUGGUUGUGGAAGCGCUAUGUGUCCGUGGAGUAGAUAUGAGCAAGUUGGACGCGAAUGGCGUUCCUCCCUUGUGGGCGGCGCUCGAUUCGGGACAGGAGGAAGUUGCUAGUAUUUUAGUAAGGAAUGGAGCGGAUGCAGAUUGUUGGGGACCCGGGCCCGAUGGUUGUCUGCAAACAUUACUACACAAGGCAAUAGACGAGAACAAAGAGUCGCUAGCCACGUUCCUGAUCCGCUCUGGCUGUGACGUGGAGUCGCCGCGGCGUGUGGGCCCGGCGGGCGAGGGUGCGGACGCAGCUGCCGACCGACACACGCCGCUGCACCUGUGCUGCACUUGGGGACUCACUGACGUCAUACAGACGCUUCUCGAACACGGCGCAAACAUAAACUCUAAAGACGCAGAAGGAAAAACACCCCUCCACAUCGCGAUAGAGAACCAACAUGCGACAAUAAUUUCGCUGCUUCUCUCGCAACCGGGAGUUGACCUCUCAGCGAGAGAUAAUAAAGGAGUAACUCCAUUCGCGGCAGCACUCACUGCGAGGAAUAAUAAGGCAGCCCAGGCCAUAUUGGAAAAAAAUCCUUCGGCCGCGGAACAGGUGGAUAAAAAGGGUAGGAACUUCUUACACGUGGCAAUACAGAAGUGUGAUAUGGAGAGCUUGAUGUUUUUGCUAUCCGUGAAGGUAGAUGUAAACUCGCGUGUGCAAGACGCGACGCUAGCGCCACCGUUGCACCUGGCGGCUGCCGCGGGAAACGAAGUGCUUUUGAGAAGUUUGCUAUUGGCAGGAGCACGGCCCAACGAUAGAGAUGCACAUAAACGCACGGCGCUGCACGUGGCGGCGGGCGCGGGCGGCGGCAGCGGCGCGGCGCUGGUGUCGGCGCUGGUGUCCGGCGGCGCGGAGGUGGGCGCCGUGGACGCGGCCGGCGACAACGCGCUGCACGUGUGCGCGCGCGAGGGCCACGCGCACGUGGCGCGCGCGCUGCUCGCCGACUCCGACAUAGACGCGGCCGCUACCAACCUGAAAGGUCGCAACCCACUCCACGAGUUAUGUUGGUGUAAAAAGGAUAAUGCCGCAACGAUAUGUGAAAUUUUCCUCGAGUUUAUGCCAGAUUUCCCCAUCAACAGGACUGACUUACAGGGUAACACUCCGCUUCUCCUGGCAUAUAUGAACGGUCAAGCGGCGAUGUGCCGCGUGUUGGUGAAGGCGGGAGCUUGUCUCGCACACGAGAACAAGGAAGGAGUUUCUAUAUUUAAUUAUCAGGUAGCAACGAGGCAGCUCCUACAUCGGUUGUUGGACGCUUUGCCCGCAGAGGCGCCGUGGGCCGAGAGCGACCUGUGCCAAGAGUGCGGAACUAAGUUCACGCUCACUAUGAGAAAGCAUCAUUGUCGACACUGCGGCCGCAUGUUGUGCAACAAAUGUUCCAGCCAAGACAUCCCCAUACUCAAGUUCGGAAUGAACAAGCCCCAAAGAGUGUGCGAAAUUUGUUUCAACGUGCUACAAGUUGGCGCCAGUUAGUUUAUACAAUGAGUGAUAUGUUUGAUAGGAAUGAAAUUAGGGAAGGCUUUUAUACGUUAAACGCGUUUAUACAUUUUAAAUACUGACCUGUAUAAGUACGUUGUAUUUUAAUCUGGAUAUCGGUUAUGCGAUAUUGUUUUGUUUCGGAAGUAUUUUUUUCCUGUCACAAUAUAUGUUGCCAGCUUAGUGACGACAUUUACGACUUGCUUGGGGAAAUAUUUAAGUAAAAUUAAGAUUGAUGGAAAUAUGAUGUGUUUAGUGAUGUGCUAUAGUGUUAGUGCCUGUUAGUGAUACUAAUUAUUCUGAGUACUAUAAAUAUUUAAUUGCAAUAAUAUACCAAGUGACCUUAAAGUAAGCAAUGUUCGAAAUGCCUCUUGUUGUAAAUGUCCUUAUUAAGCUUCUCCUAUAAACAGUCUAAAUUUAUUCUUGCAGUAGAUUAGACUUGUUGCCUCGCUUCACCCUAACGAUAAUGCCAAAGGUGUAGUGUGCUUUUUAUUAUAUCGACACUCAUCGAUUUUAUAAAUGAUCUUCAUUGUGUAUAAAUAUUUAUGUUUAAAAAUUUAUUCCAUGAAAUUUUUAUAGAUUUGUUUAAUGUUUCAAAAAUUUUAUAUAUUUUUUUAUAUAAUUAUAAUGGUGUUAAUCACGAUAAUUUUGGAAUUUGCAUUUGAUAUACAUUCCAAUACAUCGGUAUUAUUUUAAAUAUUAUUUAUAUCUGUAAUUGCACCAUUUGAGUAAGAUGUGUGAAAAUAGUCAGGCUAUGAAUAACAUUUUCUAUUUACGUAAUGAUUUAUUUGCUGAAAUAAAUUGAUAUACUAUAAA